CACGGGGUCCAUUGAGACUCACAUGUACGCCCCACUGUGUGCGUGUCUGAGUGGAAGCACUUUGGAGCAUCAGCCUCCAACUUGAUUAGUAUAUUCUUGUGAUUAAUCUCAUCGAGUUUUCACUAUGAGUGCACAGAUCACUUGUGUCGGGUGGGUGAAGCGAGGCGUCUCCAAGGAAACCCCGGACAAAGUUGAGUUGAGCCAGGAGGAGCUGCAGCGCAUCAUUACUGAAGCAAAAGACGAGUUGGGAGACCUUGCAGCUGAGGAUGAAGAUGAGGAUGAUGAGGGUGUUGCUCCAGAGCCGAAUCCUAGUAACGUCACAGCUGAUGUUGCUGUAGUUCCAAAGGACAAGAAGGAGGAUGGAAAAGAGGAAGAAGAUGAUCUGGCAGAGUACGGCCUGGAUAGAUACGAUGAAGAGGAUUCAGUGACGGCUAAUCUCGGCGACAGCCUGGCUGGGCUCACAGUGUUCAGCUGUAAUGAGGAGGAUCCUUACAUCACCCUCAAAGACACAGACCAGUACGAGCGAGAAGACUUCCAAAUCAAACCCAGUGACAAUCUCAUCCUGUCAGGCAAGGCAGAGAAGGACUGCUGCAACUUGGAGAUCCAUGUCUAUAACUCGGAGGAGGACUCUCUGUAUGUUCAUCAUGACAUCCUGCUGCCAGCUUAUCCACUGUGUGUGGAGUGGCUCAACUUUGACCCAAACCCUGGAGAAGGAUCCGCUAACUACGCCGCUGUGGGCAACAUGACUCCUCAGAUAGACGUGUGGGACCUGGAUGUGGUCGACUGUUUAGAGCCGGUCUUCUCCCUGGGGAGCAAAAAAGCUGCAAAGAAGAAAAAGAAGAACAAGAAGGGGGCAGCAGCUGAGCCUGUGGAGGGUCACACAGACGCAGUGCUGGAUUUAUCCUGGAACAAACUGGCCAGGAAUGUGUUGGCCAGUGGAUCAGCAGAUAACACUGUUAUCUUGUGGGAUCUGUCUCAAGGCAAACCAGCCACGACUCUGCGCAGACAAACUGAUAAGGUUCAGACGAUAUCAUUCCAUCCGUUUGAGGCACAGACUCUGAUAUCAGGAUCAUAUGACAAGUCAGCUGUCCUGUACGACUGCCGUAAUCCAGACAACAGCAAUCGGACGUGGAGGUUUAGUGGUCAAGUGGAGCGACUGGUCUGGAACCAUUUCUCGCCAUGUAACUUCCUAGCCAGCACAGAAGAUGGUUUUGUCUACUGUCUGGACGCACGCUCAGAUAAACCUGUUUUCACACUGAGGGCACACGAUGAAGAAGUGUCGGGGUUGGACCUGAGCAGCCAGAUUAAAGGAUGCUUGGUCACAUCGUCAGCCGACAAACACGUUAAAAUUUGGGACAUUUUGGGAAACAAACCCAAUCUGGUGCACUCACGAGAUAUGAAGAUGGGAGUGCUGUUCUGUGCAUCGUGUUGCCCUGAUCAGCCCUUUGUCUAUGCCUUUGGGGGACAGAGGGAGGGUCUGAGGGUUUGGGAUAUCAGUGAUGUUGCAGCAGUGGCUGAGGUGUUUGGUAGUCGAGAGCGCUUAGUGUUGAACACGGGAUCGCAGGCAUCCAGCAGCGCAGCCACAGCAGAGAUGGACGUCUCCCAGUGACCCAGCAACAGCCUGUAAACAUUAAUAAACUGAGCUUCCCUGGAAAGUCAUCGGGAUGCUCCGCUUGUUCCCGUGUUCCUCGUAGUGCAGCACAGGAAAAGUUUUGGAUUAACUGAAGCCGCACUCGAGAAACACUUGAGAGUGAAAACUGGGGCUGAAACUUUCAAAAGAAGUUUGUUCAGUUUCUUAUUUUUUCCAUAUUUUCAGCAAUUUUCUUUUCUUUUUUUUCAAGUGGAAGUAGUGGUUCAAAUAUUUGAAUUACUAUUUGAAUUGUUUAUGUGAUUCAGUUGCCUUUCUUUGUACAAAUGUAAUAUUCCAGUAUUCAUUAAGUAUAAAAAGAAUUGGGUUUUGUUUUUGAUAUUUCACACAUAGGUCCCUCAUAGUAAUUAAUAAUAAUAAUAAUAACAUUAAUAGAAGUUAGUGUACAAAAAUCUGUUCACAACAACGGGCUUUUCAAAAUGCUGUAUCAUCAAUAAAUACAGUUUUUUUAAAUGUCUAAACCUUUA